GUGAGUUCGAUUCGAGAGGAUCAAUUCAGCCCAGGGUGUCCCGCCGCCAGUUUUGUCGUCCAGUUGAAUUAGUUGACAAAAGUUUUCAUCUACUACUAAUCAGUGUGAAACAACAACGAUACACAAUGGCAUACCGAUUCGUUUUCAUCUCACUCGCCAUGGCUGCGCUGUGCGCGGUUCCCGUUCUGUCCUUUUCGGCUGGCGCACCAGCCGAUGCUUGCGGUGACAUGAUUCCUCAGCACCACACCGACCCGCAGUCAUCAGCAGCGCCGUACAAAAUUCUUCUGGAAAAGAAACAAAUCAAAUCCGGCGAAGCGGUCACCGUCACCGUGCAAGGAAACAGCGCCAAAGACACGAUCAAGGGAUUGCUCUGCCAGGCUCGCGUUGGCGAAACGCCAGUUGGCUCGUUCGAUGUCGCUCCGGACAACAAAUAUAUUCAGACUCUAAACUGCGGCAAAUCGAAUAAGUCGGCUGUUACUCACAAGAAAAUCGCCACCCCGCCGAAGAGCAUCUCCUUCAAUUGGGUAGCCCCGAAAGGACUCAGCGAGAAUGUCCGGAUGACCUGUACCAUUGCCCUGAACGGUGGUGUUUUCUGGGUCAAGGAGCAGUCGUCCGCCCUUAAGGUCAACUAAGUUCAAUUAGAGAUGACACACUCGUUCGAUAGGAUUAGAUACAAGAACUUUAUGUUUGAAUUUUACGAUGCUUGGCAUUGAUUGCAAGUUACCAGUCCACAGAAGGUGCUGUUCGAAACAGACAGAUUGUAUUUAGACUAUGUUUAUUAUUUGCGAAAGCAUUUUAAAUUUGUCCAGACAGUUUUCUAAAAGAAAUGUUAAUUACUGCAUGACAAUAAAGAUUGAUUCAUAUGUAUACAA